ACGGAUCCGCCGGCGGAAAAACGCGAGAGUUAAAGCCGGGAGCUCGGAGGCCGUGUCCGAUAACCGAGAGCGCGACUCGGCCGCUUUGGCGAAACAGGCAGCCAGGUUUCACAAGGACGACGAUGAGUUUAGAUAAAGCUGAGCUUUGCGACUCGUUGUUAAGCUGGCUGCAGACAUUUCAAGCCCCUUCCUGCGCCAGCAAGGCGGACCUGACCAAUGGGGUGGCUAUCGCUCAUGCCCUACACAGCAUAGACUCAUCCUGGUUCAACGAGACAUGGGUCGGCAGGAUCAAGGACGAAAGGGGGACCAACUGGCGACUGAAGGUUAGCAAUCUAAAGAAGAUCCUUCAGAGUAUGCUGGAGUAUUACCACGAUGUGUUGGGUCAGCAAGUGUCAGAUGAGCACCUGCCUGAUGUCAAUCUCAUUGGAGAGAUGGGAGACGUGAUUGAAUUGGCGAAGUUGGUGCAGCUUGUUCUGGGCUGUGCUGUCAGCUGUGAGAAGAAGCAAGAACACAUCCAACAGAUAGUGACCCUGGAGGAGUCGGUGCAGCACGUCCUCAUGGCUUCCAUUCAGGAGCUCUUGACAAAGGAGACUGUGGAACCGGGGACCCCAGAGACCUAUGGAGACUUUGACUUCCAGUCCCGGAAAUACUACUUCCUCAGUGAGGAGAUGGAGGAGAAGGAGGACUUGAGCAAGCGUUGCCGAGACUUGGAGCAUCAGCUGUCAGUUGCUGCCGAAGAGAAGGCCGCGCUGUCGGCGGAGAUGCGCUCCCUCAGGGAGCAGCUGAGUCACCGCGACACGCUGGAUGCCUCGUCCACCAUCACGGGCAAGAAGCUGUUGCUGCUGCAGAGCCAGAUGGAGCAGCUGCAGGAGGAGAACUUCAGGCUGGACAGCGCUAAGGACGACCUGCGGACUGGCGCCGAGCUGCUAGAGCGCGAGGUAUCCGACCUGCAGCAGCGCAACGAGCAGCUGACCAGCCUGGCCCAAGAGGCCCAGGGUCUCAAGGACGAGAUGGACAUCCUGAGGCACACGUCGGAGCGCGUCGGCGGCCUGGAGGCACUGGUGGACACGUACAAGCGCAAACUGGAGGACCUGGGCGACCUGCGCCGGCAGGUGCGGCUGCUGGAGGAGCGCAACACGGUGUACAUGCAGCGCACCUGCGAGCUGGAGGAAGAGCAGCGGCGCAGUGGUGCAGUGCGCAGCCAGCUGGACGCCUACAAGAGCCAGGUUCAGGAGCUGCACGCCAAGCACAUGUCGGAGGCUCUGAAGGCGGAGAAGUGGCAGUUUGAGUACAAUAACCUCCACGACAAGUACGAGGCCCUGCGGAAGGAGAAGGAGCGCCUCAUCUCGGAGCGGGACACCCUGCGCGAGACCAACGAGGAGCUCCGCUGUGCGCAGGUGCAGCAGAAGUUUCUCAGCCAAUCGGGUGGCCUGUGUGAUGACUCGGCUUCCACUGUGGGAAACCUGGCUUCCGAGAUCAUGCCCACAGAGUUCAAGGAGACGGUGGUACGGCUGCAGAGCGAGAACAGGAUGCUGUGUGCGCAGGAGGAGAGCUACAGGCAGCAGCUGGCUGAGGUGCAGAGCCAGCUGGAGGAGUCACAGCGGAGACACAACACCCUGGAGACCCAGAACAGGCUGGACCGGCAGCAGAUCGGCGAGCUGCACAGUCAGGUGGGGGAGCUGCAGGGGGCGCUGCAGGAGCAGGGCAGCAAGGCGGAGGAUGCCAUUUCCUCCUUGUUGAAGAAGAAACUGGAAGAGCACCUGGAGAAGCUUCAUGAAGCCCAUUCGGACCUGCAGAAGAAGAAGGAGGUCAUCGACGACCUGGAGCCCGGCGUGGAUAACAACAUGGCCAAGAAGAUCAGCGAGCUGCAGGAGAUCCUGAAGAAGAAGGAUGAGGACAUGAAGCAGAUGGAGCAGCGCUACCAGCAGUAUGUGGAGAAGGCUCAGACGGUGAUAAAGGCAGUGGACCCCAAGAAAAAGUCCAGCUCUCCAGAGGUGCAGACUCUCAGGAACCAGUUAAAUGAGAAGGAGAAGAAGAUCCACUACCUCGAGCAGGACUUUGAGAAGUCCAAAUCCAGACACGAGCAGGAGGAGAAGCUGAUCAUCAGCGCCUGGUACAACAUGGGCAUGGCUCUCCACCAGAAGGUCGUGGGUGAGCGCUCUGGGUCGCCAGGUCAGGCGCAGUCCUUCCUAGCCCAGCAGAGGCAGGCCACCUACGCCAGGCGCAGCCUCUCUGCCAGGCUGCAGCACCGAUGAGCCCCUUGUUCCAGGGAGCAUAUUGGGGAAAAGGUUUCAUGGUUUGAGGCGGAGUAUAGUGGCACAACACGACGUAAAGCAUUUUAUUUUCCUUACUUGGCCCCUACUACCAUAACCACAAUAAGUAUUUGCUGUUUUUAUUUGGUUUUAUUCCACUAUUUCCCUCCCUGCUGUACAUUUUUUUUGUGGUGUGCUGCUUCCCCCUACUGGCCCAUCAAGGUAAAUGCAGACGCUGAGAGUCUGUGACUUGGUGGCGCUGGUUGGACUCUUCCCACGGUCAGGAAAAGGCUUCGCUUGUGAUAAUCCAUGGUGGGUGGGGCCGCCGCGUGUCCUUUUACCUACUGUGGUCUUUGUAAAGUACACUACUUACAGUGAAGGAACGUGGCACCUUAAUGAUUUCGGCUAGAGACACUAUCUUUUAGAGAGGGGGGGGGGGGUUUCGCUAAAAAUCCUGCAACUACAGGACCUUUGCCUUUAUGGGGUUUUUGGUAGGAAUUUUAAAGUAAUUACCAAGUAGCAAUUACUGAGUAGUUCGUUUUACUGGGGUGAUUGUUUUUACUCUUUAAAAAAAAAAAUACUACUGAUGAUGAAAUCAGUUGGUGGCUUUUAAAUGUGCACUUUCCGUACAUGUCCUGUACAGAUCAGGCAAAUUUUCCAUGCAGUAUCCGUCAUGAUCAUCAGGCACUUUUUAUAGCAUAUUUUGCUCUGAAUAUUACUAUGAAAACUGACCGUCUCUCAGUAUGCACUGUAUUAGACAGUACACUGGCCUUCCGACGUGACUCAUUUUAACUGGAAGACUAAAGGCUGCUUAUGUCACUGAUGUGUGGCAGCUGUAGAUGAUGGUACUAUGCUGUGGAUGUAUGGGAGCCUUUUGAAAUGUACUUUAGAAGUACAGGUACACUGGAUGGCUGCCCUUUGACUGUUUGAUACGUCCCCGGUUUUCCUGUCCUGCUCCUUACUUUGUCUGAAUCAUUGUCAUUGAUGUUUCACCAUUGAAACCAAAGUUUAAAUGCUUGGAGUUUUUUUUUUGUUGUUUGUCUUUGCUUGUGGUUUUUUUUUUCUUUCUUGCUUUGCUUAACAUGCUGAUAUCUCCCCCCCCCCUGCAAUCACCCCCAAAUUCCUUUUUGUCUCUUGUUCUCCUGAUGUGAUGCUGUAGUUGCUUCCAUGGGGGUGGGGGGUGGUGACCUUUGGGGGACCCCCUGCUUGCCAGCUGCUGCUCUGGCUUCGGGGGGGGGGGAUGUUGGCUGUUGCCGCCCCACAAACUUAUGGAAACUGUUUUGUUGUGAUUCAGCUACAGAUUUGUUUGUUUUUAUCCUUCCAAGGUGGUUUUACAACUCUAGCAUGUCUGUUUUCUGUUAUCCACACUACAAAUAAAACAGACCCUAAGUACCAGAA